AUGGAAAAAACUAACAAUAAUGUUAUAAGUAAUAAAUCAAAGGAACCACCAAAACCAAUCUAUAUAUUUCAUAGAGAUGAAAAUGGUGAACUUAUUUUAUGGAACUUUAAAAUUAAAAGACCAAUCAUGAAAUUCAAUGCACAUGAUCAAGGUAUUUUGAAAUUUGAUAUAUUUGAAUCUUUUAACAAUAAUGAUGAUAAUGAUGAUAAAAUCUGGAAACUUGAUAAACUUAAACUUGAUCAAUUGAAUGAAAAGUCGACCACCUUUACUAGUAGUGGUAGUGUUGGUGUUGAAAAUGUUGAGAAUUUAAUAAAACUUGAUAAAAAAAUUAUAAUAAACUUUAGAAAUUUUUGUAAAUUUGGUGCAUGUGAAAAAGGACGGUGCAUGGCAUUGAAAUUAUUUCAUAAUCCUAAUGACAAAACACCACAUAAUUACUUUAUGUUAUUAAUUUAUGAUAAUGGAUAUGUUAAAUUAUGGACAAUUAAUAAUUCUAUUGAUGAUGAUAAAAAAUCGGAAAGAAAGGAUAAUGAAUGUGAAUGCAAAGUAGUUCAAAAUUGGUGUAAAAAAGAACAUAAAGGACAUGGUAUGGCAAUUGAUGUUUCAUUAGAUAGAAAAUUUGCAAUCUCAACAGCUAGUGACAACAAAAUUGUUAAAUAUACUUUUACUGAGUCCUUAGCAAAUGAACCAAUAGUUGAUAGUGUAUUGUUAAAAUAUUCGGGAAUCUCUGAUGUAAGAAUACGUUCUGAUGGUAAAAUUUUUGCUACUGCUGGUUGGGAUUCAAAAAUACGGGUUUUUUCUUCUAAAUCUUUAAAACCACUAGCAAUACUAUCAUAUCAUCGUGAUAGUGUUUACACUAUAGACUUCACAAAAAUCAACACCUUUGUCACUACAAAAAACAUUGAUCGAAAUAAUAACAAUUACUUAAUUGGUGGUGGAAAAGAUCAAAGAAUUAGUCUAUGGGAAAUUUAUUAA